GUUUGGUCGGAGAAGGUUGUCCGUGUUCGCGGUGGUCGUCGCCGAUAAAUCGGUCGCUUUUGUUAGGUCUAGCUCUCGGUCCCAGAGUUUCUGCGAUUGCUAGAAAGGUGGUGUGAUCGUGAUAACAUCACACGCGAGCUGUAUGUGUGUGUGUUUGAGUGUGUGUGCGCGCGCGUGCAGUGUGACAGGAGAGUGGUGCGAAACCCCGGAAGUGGUGCAUUAAAAAGUGGUUAACACGCGGAGAGCCAAACUGCGAAAAAAAAAUCCCAUUAACUAUUGUCGCAGCCACCGCCGCUGCCAUCGUUAUCAACCGGAAGAAGACCCCGCAAGCGGGCUGCUGCUGUCCUUGAUCCAUCGAUCUAUCCAGACAUCGAUCGAUCAGAGACACUUCGGUCUCGCCACCAUUAAUCCCCCUCCCCCCAAAAAGUCCUGACCCCUGACGUAUUGAGAGUAUUGUUCGGAUCCCGCGCGUCCGUCAGCGCCACGCAUCGCAGGACGAGGACGACGGUACCCCGGAACAACACCAGCGGCCCACUUUCUAGCGUUCAGUAGCGUGGCCGGAAGUGGCGCACAGAAUAACGCGCAUACAUCAGCACACAAGCAGGGCAGUGAAACGGUGCGGUUCCGACGGGGUGCGGCUAAUAAACGAUCAAAAUGACCAAGGAUAGAUUAGCUGCUUUGCAAGCGGCACAAAGCGACGAUGAGGAUAUGCCCGAGGAUGUGGCUGUGCCGGUGGAGGGCAGCUUCAUGGAGGACUUCUUCAAGGAGGUGGAAGAGAUACGGAUGAUGAUCGACAAAAUACAGGCCAAUGUCGAGGAGGUGAAGAAAAAACACAGCGCAAUCCUGUCGGCGCCACAAUCGGAUGAAAAAACCAAACAGGAACUCGAAGACCUCAUGGCCGAUAUCAAAAAAACUGCCAACAGAGUUAGAGGAAAGCUUAAGGGUAUCGAACAAAACAUCGAGCAGGAGGAGCAGACGAGUAAGUCGAAUGCCGAUCUUAGGAUACGAAAAACGCAGCAUUCGGCCCUGUCGCGCAAAUUCGUCGAAGUCAUGACGGAGUACAACCGGACCCAGACCGACUACCGAGAGCGAUGCAAAGGAAGAAUACAACGACAGCUGGAGAUUACGGGUAGAGCUACGACAAACGAGGAACUCGAGGAAAUGUUGGAGCAGGGCAACUCGGCCGUCUUCACGCAGGGGAUAAUUAUGGAGACCCAACAAGCGAAGCAAACGCUGGCCGAUAUCGAAGCAAGACAUGCGGAUAUUAUAAAGUUGGAAAAUUCAAUUAGGGAGCUGCAUGAUAUGUUCAUGGACAUGGCGAUGUUGGUCGAAAGUCAGGGCGAAAUGGUGGACCGAAUUGAGUACCAUGUGGAAACGAGCAGGGACUACGUGGCGACGGGCCAACAAGAUUUGGUCCAAGCCGUGAAAUAUAUGUCCAAAGCCCGAAAGAAGAAGAUUAUGAUCCUGAUCUGUCUGACCGUGCUCGGGCUGAUCGUGGCCUCGUACGUCAGUAGCUACUUCAUGUAAACAAAAGCAGACACCAUAUAGAGUCGGGAGCGAAAGGAGCGCGCGCACACAGAAUGUAUGGAAAUCCUAGAGAGAAACACACGACCCAGAGAUCGCGCCCGAGAGAAAUGUGGAGCAGAGUAGUGCUAAUAAGUGGAUGCUGCUGCUGCUGCUGCGGUGUGUAGGGGUCAAAUCACGUGCAUCACGAAGAAAACAACUCGAAAGAAUCUGCCGCGCUGCCACUAAUUUACUACUCUACCCAAAAUGGACAUAAGAGACGAGGACAUCACCAAAAAAGGGCAACAACAUCAGAGGAGGCAUGCGUGCAGACAAGGCUCUUCGGCUCUUCAGCGCGCCUCAGUCUUGAAUCGUGUUGUGUGUGUGUGUUUCAAAGAGAAAGCGAGAGCAAGACCAGGCAUCACAGGAGUUGUGUCAAUUGCAGAUCGAAGCUCUUUCCUGAUCGAAAAAGGACAGCUAUGGAGGCGAUGAUUCGGCGUGUUAACUACUAUGUCCCCCGUGUUCAUGCGAAAGGAUCCAUUCCUUCUUGAUUCAAGCGAAAGCCUACUAUGCUCCGUUGUGUUUGCCCCAAAAGCUAGUCGACCGGCAAAUGGUACGCGUGCGGAAUACCGAGCACAGCACACUAGAUAUAUGAUGAAUAUGCCCGUUGAGAGCCGAGUUGACAGCGCUAGUCUGUCGGUUGCGUCGCCGCCGAGUGUUUGCCUGUUUCACGAAUUCUCCAUUAAUGGGAUUACGCACGACGCGCAACGACGUGUUUAUUUAUCAUUAAACGCUUGAUUAACGCUAUAGAGCCGAGCGCGACGAGAGCGGAAUCGUUUAACAUGCAUAUUAUAGAGAAAUUGCGUAAAAUCUGUGAUGCUAUUACCUGUGGGGGUUGAUACUUAGUACUCUUGCGAAAAGUAUUCUACAGCAUAACUAGAGGGAAGGACCGGAUUCACAACAUACACGUAUGCUGCCAGCGCGCGCACUAGAACACCAUCAUCAUGGAGCACACUACUAACACAGAGAGAGAGAGAGAGAGAGAGAGAGAAAGAAAGAUAGACCACUACUAGAAACAGACCCAAAUCUUCUAAACUCCUCCGUCUCCGCCACACUCUAUGCAGUCGAAACUGUACGCGACCUAUAAAAAAACACGAUCAAGCGAUCACCUACUACCAUCAUUCACCGCAUUUCAAAAUAUCAAAGCCAGUGUUCUGGGCUCUGGAAGGAGAACGAGCAGUCGUGUGUCCGGGGAAAACCUGUACACUGGAGUUAUCAUCGCACCCCCCCAUUAACGUCGCGUUUGAGGGUCGUUUCCUGCUGCAGGAACCACCAGGGAUAUAUAUAUAUAUAUAUAUGUAUCUAUAUAUAUCGCAACGGGGAAUGAUAGAGUGUGCAAUCCUUUGCCGAACCAGUUUUAAUCACGUUACCGAUCACGACUACGGUGUGCACUACAGCCAAAUAGUAAUCAAACAGUACUGCAUUAACAGAAGAAAAACAAAAAACAAAACGAACAAACAGACCAGGUUCAACACUGCGGAACACUAUCACGGGAGGAGGAUCAACUCUCACAGAACAGACACAGGAACAGCUAACCAGAAGAAUCAGACGAGAGCAUAGCCCGCCGCUCCGGCUGAUGUGUAGUGUAAAACCGAAACCAAGAUGCGAUAGAAAGAUACACACUACAAAAUCAAUAGAUCAUGUUUACCCACCUAAGUGUGUGUGUGCCCCCUUUUUUGCUUGAAUCACGUAAAUUAUAACAGGUAUAUACUUGACUAAAUGUAACAACCCUUAUACUUAAUGCGAUCCCUUUCUUUUCACGUACACACGCCUCAUGAUCAUACAACACCUUCACCAUCGCGCCAGCAGUAUACCACACCAAUCAAGUCUCCUCCACGAUCCUCCAAAACAAUGCCGCAUUACGCGCAGCACCUACCCAAACGACCGUCUCUCUGAUUUCCGGUUUGAUUUGUUUUCCUUUAGCUGCGUUUCUUGCCGCUUGCAUAGGACGAGAAAAAAUUGCCUCUCCGGUUUACCGAGCGAAUACGAUAUAUCCCUCAAUUUUAGUAGCCCCUUUUACACACCCGAUGACGCAUUUUCGUUUAUAGAGUUUUACACAAGUCUCCGUUAGCUAGCCAUGCCACGUGGGAGCGCCUCCUGUUGGUUUUGUGUGUCGUCGAUCGCGUUACGAACAAACCUAGAAGUUUAUUUUGUGUUGAAUUUUCUUCAUCGUAAUGUAGUUUAUAUUAGUAAACGACGCGGUGGCUAGUGUGUGGUUUUAUAGUGUCUCGUUCUUUCGGUGGCUAGUUAUGCAUUUAUGCGUCAUGGCUUUGAGCCUUCCAAAUCGCUGGCUGUUGUUCCCUGGGUGCGGUGAGAUGUUUCCAGACAAUAACCGUCUUCGUAGCCACACAUGAUGCAUUUGACUUCCUGUGAAGUGUGUAGUAGCGUAAGGCUGUAAAUAACACACGGGAUGUGGCUAGAACACUGUGUUAAUAUACCAACAAGCGUGUUACGUCCUAGCAGUAGUGUAGCGCCCUGUACCCUAGUAGCAGUAGUCGCAACGUCGCAAAAUGAGCAAAUGAGUCGAUUGAAUCGAAGUUUAGAAAGCGGCCGCUGCUCUCAGCCCUCACCACAAACACACACACACUUUUUAUCCAUCUUCACUUACUUUUUGAUUUGUGAUGUGUGAAAUGUAAAAUGUAACAGCACGACAAAAUAAUGAAAAUAUAACUGUACCAUAGAACCGCAACCGUUUUGCUUCACGAUCGCUCACGCGGUAUCCACGCGGCCGACCACGGCGGUCGGUGCGCGAUACGCGAUGAGCCUAAAAGUACAUAAUAUUGCCGUUGUCUUUUUGCAUAGAGUGUGUGUAAGAGCCAGGCUUCGUUUUUUUAAAGUUAUGGUUUCCUCUAGGUAGAAGUAAGCUCACCAAACACAAUCACUAGCCCCCGCUAUACGCGAUCGCAAUGAACACAUUAUCUAAGCGCGGUUUAAACAAUAUGUGAUUAUUAUUUAUCUGUAAUAUGAUGUAGCCUUUUGACUUUG